AUGGACGGCGUGGCCACCGCGUCGGACGACGACUACGCGCUCGAGGACAUUUCCUGGGACGAGAUCGACAAGCUCAAGUACUAUAUCGUGGGACCGUCCAUGUACCUCGCCGUGCGCGCGGCGGUGUACCCGAGCAAUCUCGUCAAGACGCGGCUACAGGUCCAGUCGAAGCACAGACCGCUCUACUCGGGCACGUUCAAUGCGUUUGCCACGAUUUUUCGACAGGAAGGAGCGCGGGGACUGUACAAGGGCUUUGGCGCGAGCACGGCCAAUGUCUUGACGGGCAACUUUUACAUCUCGGUCUACGAGAAGUCGCGCGAAGUGUGCAAGAGAUACACGACGGUGGGCGAAAAGGGGGCUAAUUUCGUGGGCGGAGCUGUCGCGUCGCUCGUUUCGCAGACUGUUGUAGUGCCGUUGGACAUUGUGUCGCAGCGCAUGAUGCUCAGCGGCCAGGGACAGGAUGUACACAAGACACGGGAACGAGCGAAAGGGUUUCUUACCAUGACCAAGCAGAUCUUUCGACUCGAAGGGAUCCGCGGAUUCUAUCGGGGAUACAUGCCAUCCAUCGCAACGUAUGCGCCGUCGUCCUCGAUUUGGUGGGGGUCAUACGGCCUCCUUGCGCCCGUGUACUAUAAGCUGAUAAAGAACUGGCCCAUCGAUUCGUUUUGGAAACAAGUACUGGCACAGGGAAUAAGCGGUGCAAGUGCCGGCAUCAUCACAGGCAUUUUGACAAAUCCCAUGGACAUUGUGAGGACAAAGGCGCAAGUAUAUACGCAGUAUGGCGCUGUCGAUACCCUCAAGUAUAUUCUAAAGAACGACGGCCCGAUGGGUCUCAUGACGGGUCUCUCCGCGCGACUACUGGCCAUGGGUCCGUCCGGUAUCCUCAUGGUAACGUCGUACGAGUUUGUGAAGCGUGUGUGUCGGAAACCACAAGAGACUGACGCAGCUACCUACGCGUAA